AUGAAAUAACAGCUGGAAAUUCGGCUCUCUCUUAUCUCGACUGUCUCUAAAGCCUCUCGGAUUCUGCAAAAUAGAAUAAAAAGGUUUCUAAGACUUCUCCUUUCAUUCUAUUUCUCUUGGCUUUGCUCCCUCACCUAAUGGUAGUCUGAGCUUCUAUUGCAGCCGUGGGAUUAGGCGACUUCGUAAGUAUGACCUCCAUCACCUCCGUCGAAUUGAAUUACCUUGUCUUCCGUUACCUUCAAGAGUCAGCGUAGUGGAAUUCUGCCGGCUAGGACACUGGAUACCUCUAUAUGAGAAUACCUAUAUGAACUCUCAUUUUCGGAAUUAUUAGUUUGUAUAAUCAUUGCACUGAUGGAAACAGGCAUCUUCCAGGUUUUACGCAUUCGGCAUUUACUUUAGGAUAUGAGGCAGGCAUUAAUAAGUGUACUAUUGAUGGGAAUUUGAUUCCGCCUGGGGCUCUUAUUACAUUUGUUCAAAAAGGACUUCAGUACCUGGAGAUGGAAGCCAACUUGAGUAAUAAUGAUGUAGAAAUGGAUGAAGAUUUCUCAUUCUUACAACCUUUGGAUAUAAUAACAAAGGAUGUAAAUCAAUUGCGGCAAAUGAUAAAAGAGAAAAGGAAGAGUGUCCAAAAGGAUAGAGAGAAAGAGAAAGAUAAAGAUAAAGAGUUUGACCGGGAACAUGAAGGAGAGCGUGGACGAGUAAGAGAGAAAGAAAGACAUGAGAGGGAGAAGGAACGUGAAAAGGAAAGGGAGAAGGAUCGUGAAAAGGAAAGGGAGAAGGAACAUGAAAAGGAAAGGGAGAAGGAACAUGCAAAGGAAAGGGAGAAGGAAUGCGAAAAGGAAAGGGAGAAGGUUGAAAGGGAUAAGGAGCGAGAAAAGCAACCGGAGGAACUUGCUGAUAGGGAUAUGGUUAUGGAUCAAGAAGACAAGGAUGUUGUCAAGAAUGAAGAAAAUGGAACGUCUGUAGUAGGACCAGAACCUAUGGAUAUUGCUACUACCUCAGCCCCUGCUUCUCAAGAGGCUUGUGAAAUUCCUAAUUCUGAUGUGACAAUUUUGGAAGGGCAUACUUCUGAGGUUUGUGCUUGUGCAUGGAGUCCAACUGGUUCACUUCUUGCAUCAGGGUCUGGAGAUUCAACAGCUCGUAUUUGGACAAUAGCUGAUGGGCUUUGCAAAUCUGGUACACAAAACAGUCCAUUAAAUGUUCUGGUGCUGAAGCAUGUAAAAGGAAGAACAAAUGAGAAGAGCAAAGACGUGACAACACUCGACUGGAAUGGUGAGGGGACAUCGCUUGCAACAGGUUCAUAUGAUGGCCAAGCAAGAAUUUGGACUACGAAUGGUGAACUAAGGACUACUUUGAGUAAACACAAAGGACCAAUAUUUUCCCUGAAGUGGAACAAAAAGGGUGAUUAUCUUCUUACAGGAAGCUGUGAUAAAACGGCAAUUGUGUGGGAUGUAAAGGCAGAGGAAUGGAAACAGCAGUUUGAGUUUCACACGGGUCCAACCCUUGAUGUUGAUUGGCGCAACAAUGUUUCAUUUGCAACAAGCUCCACAGACCAUAUGAUAUAUGUUUGCAAGAUUGGAGAAACCCGCCCUAUUAAAACCUUUGCAGGGCAUCAGGGUGAAGUAAAUUGUGUCAAAUGGGAUCCUACAGGUUCACUAUUGGCCUCUUGCUCUGAUGAUAUUACUGCAAAGAUAUGGUGUAUGAAGCAGGAUAAGUAUGUACAUGAUCUGAGGGAGCAUUCUAAGGAGAUAUAUGCCAUCAGAUGGAGUCCUACGGGGCCUGGGACAAACAAUCCUAACCAGCAGUUAAUUCUUGCAAGUGCAUCAUUUGACUCCACAGUGAAGCUGUGGGAUGUGGAGUUAGGGAAACUUCUCUACAGUUUGAAUGGACACAGGGAUCCUGUAUAUUCGGUUGCAUUUAGCCCAAAUGGAGAGUAUCUGGCCAGUGGGUCUCUUGAUAAAUCCAUGCAUGUCUGGUCCUUAAAGGAAGGAAAGAUUGUAAAGACAUAUACUGGCAAUGGGGGUAUAUUUGAAGUCUGUUGGAACAAGGAAGGUGACAAGAUUGCUGCUUGUUUUGCAAACAAUACACUAUGUGUCCUGGACUUUAGAAUGUGACAUCCUGGAAAGUUUAUCUCCAUUUCAUGAAUUGGAGUUACAUGCGCAUAAGAUGGCAUGUUGCAUGCUCUUAGACUAGUAAGUAGAGAUUUUUUUUUUUGAAUGAAUAGUGAAAACUGUAACUUGGGUAGGUUUUUACAUUUUCGUUGAUUAGGUGUUACUAACUAAAUUUGGUAUUAUUGUAAGUUGUAGUUGUCAACUAGGAGUCUGCUUUGGGAGGUAACCAAUGAUGUAUAGAAUUGUUUUGCACUCAGUCAUUGAUCUGUGAGCAGAAUGAAUCCUCAAUCUGUACCCGUUCAAGUGAAUCAAAUCUCUAGUUACUUA